GGCAGUGUCUUGCUUUUUGUUACCCCUGUUAAGUACUGAGCUUUCAUUUCUCAUAGUAUAUGUUCUGUGGAAUCUACUGGUCUAGAAAGUUCUAGAAAGUGCUGAAGAUCAGAUUCGAGUGAGUCAAAGAAUAGUAUAUAACCCGGUAUAACUGAAAGAUUCGCGACAGGCAGAAGUCGUUUGAGGUUAUAUCAAAGCAAAAUGAAGAGAUUGCAUUCGCGAAGAGACGAGGAGGAGAGCGAGGAACACUAUCGCAAGCGCAAGAAUUACAAGCGUGGCGACGAGGAGUUCAGGCAUAACGAUGAUCAUGGAAGUUCCAGACGUAACGGCGGUCAGUGCGGCUCCAGACGUGAAAACGAUCAUCGGGGUGACGAUCACAGAAGUCGUAGAUAUAACGACGAGCGUGGAGAUGCCAGGGACAGCGACGGCGAAGCGGGCGGCAAGCGGGAGGAGAUUGGCAGCCGCUACUACGGGGAUUCGGACAAGGCGCGAGAAAACCCAGCGGAGAACGCCAAGCAGAAGCGAGCGGCAAAUCUUUUGACGUCGAAGACGGGAGGCGCGUACAUCCCGCUUGCCAAGUUGCUUAUGCUUCAAGCGGAAAUCACCGACAAGUCGGGAGCCACUUACCAGCGCAUCGCAUGGGAAGCACUAAAGAAGUCCAUCCAUGGAUACAUUAACAAGGUUAACACCAGUAAUAUCGGGAUCAUAACGCGGGAGUUGCUGCGCCAGAAUAUUGUCCGUGGUAGAGGUUUGUUAGCACGGUCUAUCAUUCAGGCGCAAGCCGCGUCACCGAUGUUCACGCCAGUUUAUGCAGCACUGACGGCUGUAAUAAAUUCCAAGUUUCCUAACAUAGGUGAACUAGUGCUGACGCGACUUGUAUUACAGUUCAAGCGUGGAUUUAAGAGGAAUGAUAAGCCUUUGUGUAUAUCCUCGGGAACUUUUAUAGCACAUUUAGUUAAUCAGCAUGUAGCUUAUGAGAUCAUUGUUUUGGAGAUCUUGACUCUGCUGUUGGAAACGCCGACGGACGAUUCCGUCGAAGUGGCCAUAGCGCUUUUGAAGGAAAGCGGAAUGAAAGUGAGAGGGUUUUCGCGAAGAGGUAUCGAGGCCAUCUUUGAAACGCUGAGGAACAUACUGCACGAGGGACAAUUAGACAAGCGAGUCCAGUAUAUGAUAGAAGUUAUAUUCCAGAUCAGGAAAGAUGGAUUUAAAGAUCACGAGGCUGUGCCAGAGGAACUGGAUCUUGUGGAGGAGGAAAAUCAAAUAACGCAUUUGAUAAAAUUAGAUGACGAAAUAAACGCGCAAGGUAUAUUAAAUGUGUUCAAGUUCGAUCCAGACUAUCUUGCCACCGAAGAGAAGUAUAAACAACUGUGUAAAGAAAUUCUUUGCUCGGACAUCGGUGGCUCGAACAUCGGCGACGACGAGGAUGGAGAAGAGGAGAGCUCGGACGAGGAAGGUGGCAUGGAACAAGCCGAGGAAAAGGAAGGAGUGAUAGUCGAUAAAACGGAAACGAAUCUGAUCGCGCUUCGACGAGAUAUAUAUCUGACUAUAAGCUCGUCGAACGUUUUCGAAGAGUGCGCGCAUAAGUUGCUGAAAAUGCAACUUAAACCUGGGCAGGAGAUCGAGUUAUGUCACAUGGUUUUGGACUGUUGCGCGGAGAAGCGAACGUAUGAGAAGUUCUUCGGCCUUUUGGCCGGUCGGUUUUGCGCAAUUAAUAAAGUAUAUGUGAGGCGAUUUGAGCAAAUUUUUAGGGAUUCCUAUCAAACAAUACACCGUCUCGACACCAACAAAUUGCGGAAUGUGUCAAAGUUCUUCGCACAUUUACUGUUCACAGACUCAAUAUCGUGGAGCGUUCUGUCGUGCAUAAAACUGAACGAGGAGAACACCACGAGUUCCAACAGAAUAUUCAUCAAGAUUCUGUUUCAGGAGCUGUCUGAAUACAUGGGUCUAGCGAAGCUAAAUGGACGAGUUAAAGACAUUACGUUGCAAGAGGUGUUUGAAGGACUAUUUCCCAGAAACGACCCGAAGAACACACGUUUCGCAAUCAACUUCUUCACGUCGAUCGGCUUGGGUGGUUUGACGGAUGAUUUGAGAGAACGUUUGAAGUCCCAUCCAAAGCCAGUUGCUGUGUGCCGGUCUUAACUCUUUUUCGUCGUCGUCGUGAGGUUCCGGCAAAGGAAAAGAAAACCAUUAAACUGUCUUGUGAACGUCGCGAAUCGCAGUGUUCUAAUUGCUCAUAUGUAUUAUUAUACUUGUACAACUUUGUAAAUACGAAAUAUAUAUUUUCAUGUCAUACGAUAAUUCUCAUAUAGUUAAGCGAACAAUAAUUUAUUCGCUACCACAUAUGCUAAUAAAUACGCUGUUUUUAAA